AUGGAAGGAGAGCCAAAGAAAAUUAAAAUAAAUCCCAUAACAGGAUGCCAAAAAGAAAUUAUGGUGGAAUAUAUUGGCAGCAAAAAGGAAAUGUAUACUGGCAAAUUAACGGCCACUUAUACGAAAGAAAAAAUUAUAGCCAAUUGGAAAGAUAUAUCGAACUUAUUAAAUUGUGUUCCUGGAGGUCCCAGUAAAGAGUGGAAACAAUGGAGAAAAACAUGGGUGGAUUUAAAAAAAAACCAAAAGGCUAAGUUUGCUGGCCAAAAAAAAUAUUCAGAAGGCACAGGAGGUGGACCACCGAUACCUUGCAGUCCCACUAAUGGUCUUGAGGCAAAAUUAUUGGAAAUAAUAACUCCUGUGGCCAUAAGUGGGAAUGAAAUUAUUACGGAAUCCACUACAUUUUUUACAAUGCCAGAUGUAGCAAGCGCUGGAACUACAAGGAGAAGUGGAAACCCAACAAAUAUAGCACAUUCUCAAAGAAGAGACGUUUGGAAUUCAAAAAGAAACCGGAGAAAGAGAUACCCAAACGCCAACAAAGAUACCGCUAGAGAUGAUAAAGAAACAGGCAGGUUAGAAUAUAAUCCUAUUUUUACGAAAAUUUGCCAAGGAGGAGACAAAAAAUGUGCAGAUAGUUCACGUUUACUUCCAAACGAAUCUGAACAAUCUAACAAAUCUGUAGAUACUUCUUCAACGAUAAAUGAAAAUUUGCCUGGUCCGUCUGGAGUGUCGAAGCAACCACAAAAAAGAAAAUUGCCCUUAGAAACUUCAGAAUAUUCGCGUCAGUUAAAUCCUCUAUAUAAACCACCAAAUAGAAAAAAUAUAACUAAUGAAAUUCUACCUAAAGCAUAUGAAGAGGCAGCCUAUAAUCUCAUGGCCGAUUUAAAUAAUGUAAACCACAUGGCAAUUACUACGGAUAUAUGGAUUUCAGAGAAUAAUAUUGACUAUAUUACGGUUACUUCUCAUUUUAUUAAAGAUGGAACAUUAUUUUUUUGCUGGGCCACCCUUCCAAAUGUCCCAGAUUUCUUAAAUUCUAAUGAAUGGAUAAUAUUAGAGGAUUGCGUUAAAAUAUUAAAACCUGCUGAAAACAUGACUAAAAUUUUAUCUAGAGAAAAAUAUGCAACAAUAUCAUUGGUGAUUCCAUUGUAUCGAGAAUUUAAAUCAGCCUUAAAAUCAAAUAUGUUAGAAAUCAUGACGCGUAGACUUGGAAAUUAUGAAAACAACAAAAUUGUUGCUAAAGCCACAUUUCUUGAUCCCAGAUUCAAGAAACUUGCUUUCGGACUAGACGACAAUGCUGCCAACGCUCAGAAAUGGGUUACAGAAGAAUUAGGACAGCUUCUGUCCAAUUCCAGCGAUUCCUCCGAGACUUCCGAGAGUGAUUCUUAUGAUAGUUACAAGGACGAGGAGGAUGAGAGGAAAGAAUGCCAAGAAUUAAAUCGUCCAAAAAUAAGUAAAAAGUUAAAGAAGCGAUACAAACAAAAAUAUACGACCAGCUGGGAAAAAAAGUUCCAAUGGUUGUCAAAAAGUACAAAAGGAGACCACUUUUUUUAUUGCAAGCCAUGUCGACAACAUUAUAUGGGUGGACUUACUGAAAUUUGUAGACAUGCUGGAACAUCAAAACACCAAAAGUAUUGCAAAUAUUUAGAACAACAAAUAAGUGUAACCAGUAUGCUUGCUAUUGACACUAGCAGUGUACAUUCAUCUGAAAUUAGAUUGGCAUCUUUUAUUGUCGAACAUAAUAUAUCCUUUAAAACGGCUGAUCACAUCUGUGCCCUCAUAAGGGCAGUAUGCCCAGAUUCCAAGUUGGCAAAACUUUCUCGAAAAAAAUACUACAUUUUACCCUAUAUAACUAACCUAAAUUUAGAAAUGCAAUCGGAGCAACCUAAAGUUCAUCUUUUGUAUUCCAAAAUAAAAGAACUAUUUCAAAUAAUUUUGGAAAUGUUCGAUACUCCAAAAUAUCUAAACAACAACAAAGAUGAUUACACAAAAAUUGAUUAUAAAAACCCAGCUAAUCUCCUACCCCUAGAGAACAUAUAUUUAGGGGGAGCUGUGACAGCUUUUAUUCUGGAAAAUGAUAUUCCAGAAAAUGAAUUAAAAAAAUUUAGAAUAACUUGUCUGGAAUUUUACCAAGAAUUACUUAAUCAAAUCAGUAUAAGAUUUUCAUUCCAAAGAAGUGAUUUAAAAGAAAUGUGUAUAUUAUCACCUAGAAUUGUAUUGUCAAGAAAAAGUCAGUCAAUAACACCACUAGCUAUAAAAUUUCCUCAUAUCAUUCAACCAAGCGAAUAUAAUAAUCUAGACAGGGAAUGGCGUUUAUUACCGAAUGUAUUGGAAACAUCACAUAUACCUACGAGAAAAAUUAUGUUACAAUUCGAUAAUUAUGUUACAUCUGGAAUCACCGGUCGUGAUAUACGCAAGCGAUACGUUAACGUCGUUAUCCGUCUCACUCAUAUCUCAUAUGCAGAGCUUAAGAAGGUAGUAGAUCCGGUACUGCAAAGAAAUGGUUACUACGGUCACCCUGAAAAUUUGUUAUUGGCUAUGCUAGCGGACGAAAGGAAGCAUAUAAGAGAACUAGGUCUUCGGAGAAUAUUAAAGUGCAGACAAGAAAAACAUAAUGAAAACCAAGUUCGUCAAUUUAAUAUUCCCGAUUUUAAUUUUAAUGCAGAUGACUACUUUGAACUAAUUAACUGGCGGUCAAUAACAGUUACAGAGCCGCCUCUAACAGUAAAAAUUUUGAACAGUGAUCUCCAGGAAAUGAUUUCUGAUGUCCCUGCUGAAAUUGAUAUUUUAAAAUUUCCUUGUCAUUCCCAAGCCGUGGAACGCUGUGUGAAAUUAGUUACAGAAGCAUCAGCCGCAUCAAUUGAUAAUUGCCCAACGAUUAUUAAACAAUUUUUUAAUAAUCCCGUUUCAGAAGUGUGGAUGUGGUUCGUACAUAAUGUAGCUUCCCAGUUUCAUGAAGGAAUCACCAAAAUCGAAGGCAACAAAGUUAGCGCAACAGAAGCAGCUUUAGAAUAUUUUACACACUAA